AUGGCCCCUAACGAAACCCGACCGGUUCACUCGUCCGGUCCGCUUAUUUGCGCGUUCUCUGACCCAUUGGUUAGUGAUAAAAUUGUGGCUGGGCAGAGCUGUUGUAAAUCACAAACGGCGGUUGUUGGGUCUGCGGCACCAUAUAGGGCUGAGGAACGGAUACCAAGCAGCCAGGUCGCGGCAUCUGCGCGUAAACCCCCGCCGACCCUGCCGCUCGCUCCGGCCAGACCCCGACAUUCGCGACGCGGUAUGUCUGCCCAUUAA